UAACUAACCGUGCAGAGUGGAAGUGCAAGCUAACGUGAAAGGGAAGAAGGCAACUGUCAAAACAGCAAAAGGGAACAUAUACAUUUCAGUGGGGCGGUGUUCCCGGUAGACGGCCACGCCAACACACUGAGUCGCCAAGUUUAGCCAGGGACCGUUGUUUGCCAGAUGCCCGGGGAGCAUUUUUGUGGAUACUACACCGAUUGUCCCCAUUUCCAAACGGAAACCAUUUCUGGACAGACAGUUCGUGCUAGCUAGCUAAAGAGUGCUGCAUCCAGGAGACGCUCCAUUGUCCCCUAAACACCUGGACCUGAAUGUUGUGUCUGUCAUGAGUCCGGCCGGGUGCUCCCAUGUGAACGGGUACAAGGUGGAUAACUGGAAGCAGAACCUCCGGGUCAUAUACCAAUGCUUUGUUUGGAGUGGCACUGCUGAAGCCAGGAGACGCAAGGCCAAGUCGUGUAUCUGUCACAUGUGUGGCGCCCACCUGAACCGACUCCACUCUUGUCUCUACUGUGUCUUUUUCGGCUGUUUUACAAAGAAACACAUCCACGAGCACGCAAAGAACAAGAGACACAAUCUAGCGAUAGACUUAUUAUACGGUGGAAUAUAUUGUUUUGUGUGUCAAGACUACAUAUACGACAAAGACAUGGAGCAGAUUGCCAAAGAGGAACAGAGGAAAGCGUGGAAAUUGCAAGGUAUAGCAUUUUUUAUUUUUUCUUGUCAGAGAACUCGAUGCAUCUUUUUUGAAACAAGGCCAUCUGAGUUCCCGGCGUCGUCACAUUCAUGUCACUUUGUAUCCGCAGGCAUAGGCGAGAAAUACACGACGUGGGAGCCGACCAAGAGGGAGCUAGAACUAUUACGACACAAUCCAAAGCGGAGGAAAAUCACUACGAACUGUACCAUAGGUUUACGAGGGUUAAUAAACCUGGGCAACACAUGUUUCAUGAACUGUAUUGUCCAGGCCCUAACACACACGCCGCUGCUGCGAGACUUCUUCCUCUCCGACAGACACAAGUGCGAGAUGCAAUCAAACUCCUGUCUGGUGUGUGAGAUGUCGCAGCUCUUUCAGGAGUUCUACUCGGGCCACCGCUCGCCCCACAUUCCCUUCCGGCUGCUGCACCUGGUGUGGACUCACGCACGUCACCUCGCAGGCUACGAGCAGCAAGACGCCCACGAGUUCCUCAUCGCAGCGCUGGACGUUCUACACAGGCACUGCAAAGGGGACACUAUCCGAGACGACAAUGGGAAGAAGGCCAACAACCCGAACCACUGUAACUGCAUCAUUGACCAAAUCUUCACUGGUGGCCUGCAAUCAGAUGUUACUUGUCAAGUUUGCCAUGGUGUUUCCACGACGAUAGAUCCAUUCUGGGACAUCAGCCUGGACCUGCCCGGCUCAUCCACGCCUUUCUGGCCCCUCAGUCCGGGAGGGGAUGGCAGCACAGUCAAUGGAGAGAGCCACCUCACAGGGUCCACCACACUCACAGACUGCCUACGCAGAUUUACGCGGCCUGAACAUCUAGGAAGCAGUGCCAAAAUCAAGUGUGGCGGUUGCCAUAGUUACCAGGAAUCCACCAAACAGCUGACAAUGAAGAAGCUCCCCAUCGUAGCGUGUUUCCAUCUCAAACGGUUUGAGCACUCUGCUAAACUGCGGAGGAAGAUCACUACAUACGUUUCCUUCCCUCUAGAGUUGGACAUGACGCCUUUCAUGGCAUCAAGUAAAGAGAGCAGAAUGAACGGGCAGUAUCAACAGACGGUUGAUGUAUUAAACAACGACAAUAAGUAUUCCUUGUUUGCGGUGGUCAACCACCAAGGCACAUUAGAGAGUGGCCACUACACCAGCUUCAUCCGCCAGCACAAGGACCAGUGGUUCAAAUGUGAUGAUGCCAUAAUCACCAAGGCCAGCAUUAAGGAUGUACUCGACAGCGAAGGGUACCUCUUAUUCUACCAUAAACAGUUCCUGGAGUACGAGUAGUCUCCGUGACCGCCGGCUGUGAAGAACCACUGCUUCUGAUGAGAGAGAGCCAAGGGACUGGGGACAGGAUGAAACACAAACACACAAACCUACCUGAAACUCUUUUGACUACCAGUCUGCUCUUCCAGCUCUGGAGGACAAAAAACAACGACAACAAAAAAAAAAGACGUGUGAACUCAUGCAACCUUUCAACAGAAAAAAAAAAAAAACAAGCACUGAGCUACUUCUUGGCAUCUACUUGACAAAAUAAAACUGAAUGAAGAGGAGAGAAGGAGGAAGAGGAGGAGAGGGGAGAGGCCUCACACCCCCCACGCUCUCUCCACCUUCCCCUUCCUGCUGCAGGGGCAAACUCCGAGUACGACUGACUGUCAUGUUGAUUGGGCACAUCCGGAUUUUUCUUACAGUAUUCUGACCCUAACCACACACACACACGAUACACACACACACGCGCACGCACACGCACACAAACAUACACACAACCUCCAUUUCUCUCCCAUGGUGCUCUCGUUUCAACUGACCAAGCAUUUAACUUCGUCACGAUGGAAGACUCGUUGUCGUCAUAUGCACUUGGGACUGAACGCAAAAAAAAAAGAAAAAAAAGAAUACAAAACGAAAAUCAAUGUAUUAUGAACUUUGCAAGAACAUUUUCAAAGGUAUGGUUAUGAUUCUUAUCAUUUGUGAAUUUAGUUAUGAAAUACUGUACGAAUCUAGUAUACAUCUAUUUUUAAGAGCAAAGAAAUCAUGGGAGAGCUUUCGAGACGCUGCCUUUGCCAGUUGCUGGGGAAGCGCUGCCAUGGAAACUAAACAGAUUUGGACCUGUGUGUGCUCAUGUUCCAUUAUUUACUGUGUUGAUUGUUUUUAUUUUUAAGUCUGGUUGAGGGCAGGGAAUAUCUAUUUUUUUAGCAACUCAUUGAAUUUUUUUUUUGUUUACUGUUAUUUUCACUGUUUUCAUUGUUUGUUUUUUUUUCAUUUUCAGUACGGUCGUAUGUCCCCUCGCUGUCCUGGUACUGGAAAUUCAUUUUUGGACGUAUUAUACUUUCAUUCUUGUGGAAUUGUUGGUAUAAUGAUGGUGAUGAUUAAAAUUUGGCUCAUC